GACAACGUCUGCUAUACAUAUCGCGGACCCCAACACUUCAUCUUGGCACUGUGCGCCUAACCACGCUUUGGCUAUCCAACUCCUUCCAAGGUCCUCACUCUCACGAGGUCGUCCACAACGUUGCUAUGGCCUUGCUCGAAUUAGCCGACGAGCUCCUCGCGCUCAUCGUCGACCGUGUGAUUCCAGAAGGCUUUGAGAACUUGUGUCUGUCCUGCCGCAAGUUUUACACCCUUUGCAAGCCCUUGCUCAAGCACCACAACGAGCUCCGCUCGCAUUUCCGCAACUUCAAUUAUUUCGUCAAGGACAAAUACCCUUCUCUCACCAUCAGGACACCGUUUGAGCUCAUUGCCAGAAUCGCCGAAGAGCCAGUCGUUGCGCGCUACAUCGAGUAUGCAGAUUUCAAGGCGGACCUUCGGAUACCCGUUGGCAGACGCCUCUGGCUAAUGGAAGAGAAUGGCUAUCGUCCUGAAACCGUCCGCAACUUAUUUGCCAGUUCUCAGUACUUGUCAGGGACCGAGUGGCAGGACUACUUCGAAAAGUAUGAACGAGGUCUGGAAGACAAUCGCUAUACUCAGGCUGCCUCUGCGUUCCUCCUGACACUGCUGCCCAACGUCAAGACUGUAGUUCUUCCAUUUCGCUGGACUCACGACAAAGAAACCGAGAAGCUUUUGCAGGCCAUUGUCCACCACGCGCGUCAACCCAACACUACUUCGACCAAUGCCAGUCUCGCAUUGGUGACCACCCUGAAGACUGGGUUCUCGUUUGCAAUGCGGCAAGGUCUUGUCCUGAACAAGAUCACUCCGCUCUUGGCCCUUCCACGCAUCCACACAUUCCACGGCCCCACCUCAACAUCCGACAUUGAAGCUCGCGAGCCCUCUUCUCCACGUCAGCCAAUACCGCCUCCUGUGGGCGGGACACUGGAAAUAGCCUAUCUGCGCGGCUGCAACCUCGAUGGUCCCACUAUGCAACACUUUUUGCGCUACACGCCGCGCCUGAAAACGCUCGUUUACUCCCACUCCGAUAAGCAGCUCAGUCGAAUCUGGGAUAUCUGCGAGCUCGUUACGACUAUCGGCGCAGAGGCGGGUAGCCACCUCGAAGAGCUGUCUAUCACAAAGCACGAAUUUAGCGGCAAGAUCGCGCUUGGAACAGCGACCAUGCGCGACUUCCCGCGUCUUCACAAGCUAGAGAUCCCACUUGACCUUGCGACAUGCGUCAUUAGAUCCGCCGACCACCUCGGAAGAAGUCCUGCAGCUGAUGUAGAUCAGUCUCAAGUCAAUCUUCUGAUGUGUGGCCUAGUCCCUGCUUCGGUCACUCGGCUGUUCCUAACAUCAGACGAGUGGAAAAGCCACGACGAUAACAACAAUUCCACGGCCUUGUUAGAGAUGAUCGACGGGGUUCCAGUAUUCGAGGGGAGGCCGCAACAGCACGAGCGAACCCUCGAAGCUAUGUUCCAGGGUUUUGCUGAUAAAAAGGACGCGCAAUUACCUUGCCUCAAAGAGAUUCGCAUGUCUUGCCAUUGGUCUGCCGACGAAGCUUUGAAAGUCCGAUGCGAGAGCUUGCGUGCCGAGGUGGAAAAUGUGGGCGUGGAAGUUCACGUUCAUGCUAACCGGUGGAAGCAAGCCAUGGAUUAUGCGGGGAGAUCGCCGUAGAGAUGGUAUCUAGUGGAAUACACAUACCUCAUACAAGGGAAAACCCGAACCGGUCUAGAGACUACAUGAACAUGGAAACACGCAAAGAGGGUGACCUAACGUCGAUGUAGGCUCCAGGGUGUUCAGUUUUUCCUAGGUUGGCGUGCGCAGGCGUCUAAGGCUUCCUGAUCG